AUGUCCAGUAACAGCGUCACCAUCGCACUCGAACUUGGUGACGGUUCUCAUGUUCCAUUUGAACUCAGUAGUCGCAUGCGUAGGCGAUGUUUCGUAUUGAGCGCGAUACCCCCAGGUGCUAUACUGCGAGGUGUGCAAUUCGAGCCUUUCCGAGCUGUGAUGAACUACCUGGACAGCGGAGAGUGCCCCCCAAUCUUCACAGGUCUGGCCGAGGGCAACGCAUCCCUGCUUCUCUUCGCUCAAACGUGGGUGCUAGCGGCGCAACUUGGUCUAACUGGAUUGCAGAAUGAUCUCAUGACGAUGAUGAUCGGCAUUCAUGCCAACAUCGUCGACGGAAGAGGUGCAGACUUAGACUUCCAGUAUACUACCGACGAGUCCCUCCUCGAAGCUUUUCAACAUCUUCGAGACCAGAUCGGACGCAACAGUCAUGCCGAAAACUUCCUCAUAUGCUUUGCUGGUAGGACAGCACCUUCGAUCAGCGAACUAGAACGAAACCUCGAUACUACGAAGACUGACCCUGCUAUUCGAAAUGAGAUAUUGGCGGAAGCACGAUCCUUUAGUCCAGAUCCCAUCAAGAAUCAGCCAGAGGUGUUCUUUGUUAACGACAGGAGGCCUCCUUCAUACCCACAACUUGAGAUACAGCCAAACAAAACAGGUUUAGGUAAUGGACGUUGGACGUCUGCUCACACAACACAUCCGAUCGAUGUAAACGACGCCGAUAGACCACAACUGACCAAGACUUUUGGAGAGUUCGGUAAUGGUACACAAAAGCACUCCUCAAAGAUCCCUAAGCACAAAUAUCAUGUAGGCCAUCUCAGAUCUCCAGAUUCUACUCACACGCUACUACAUAGCUCGUUCUCCAACCAGCCAGAUGAGGCUUGUGAUCCCGGAGUGCGCAUACAUGUGGGCGACCCCGAUGACCCAAAUCUGUCGUAUCCUUCACAGGGUGUGGAAAAUCACAAUGGUGACCUUAGUGCUUCCACUGUAGACCAUGAUGGCGUGUUGCACUUGGAUCGACCUCUAUCAUUACCAUUGCCAUCGGCCCUACCGCCGCUUUCCUCACCAUCACCACCAUCGGCAUCCCUGCAAUGCCCACGCCCGCCUGUGUCCUCACACACCCACUUAUCAUCUCACCGAUCCUUUGUUGGUUCCCAAGAUCGAGGACUCAAGGCGCCGUGCGUCAUCCAGGUCUACCAGUAUAACAACAAGGCGCACGACAACGCGUAUCGCAUCCAGAACGAGAGCGAAAGUACUGUAGCAGCCCAAGUACAGGGCCGUGGUAAAGGCGGAGUUAGGACUGUACGAGCAGUAGCAAAUAGUGUAAGCACUACUAGAAGGGAGAUCACUGGGCGACAGUAUAGAAAGAUGCGGCGUGGACAUUAUGGGUACCUUCAAUCUUCCUGGCAGGAGGUCUACACUUGUACUUAUGCCAUCCUCACCCAAAAGUCUUUACAACGGAGCAAUCUCUCUCUAAUCCACCCUCUGGUUCCACCGAAAAUACUUCUUCCAGCGCGGUGUAUACUCCAAAAACCAGUCUCUAACGUUAUGCUUCCCGCCCAUCCUACGUUUCGCACUAGCCGUCCCGAUCCUCUCACUAUCUCGACGUAUCAAGUCUAUGCUAUCUACCCUUGGAGGACUGGGCGAGAAGUCUCUUCGGUAUCUUCUAUUUCUCUUGUUAUAUUGUCGAUGCCCAUGCGUCCUAGUGAGAAUGAGGGUGUUCUUGCUUGGCAGCGCGUGAGUGGGUACAUGGUCGCGAGAAUGCCACUAUCUAUCGUUUUGUUACGUGACAGCAUGCUCCAAGAGCUUUGCCUGGAUGAAUUCGGCGAUGCGAUGUCUUUGUGA